CCUAAGUAUAAAUAGUUAAAUUGUAAAUGAAUCCUUCUUGUAGUUCAACAUUACUGUAGUUAAAAUGGUAUCAAUUAAUGUAAAAUCUCGCUCCAAGAGCUUAAAGAGUCUCUCUACUGACGAAUUGACUAUCGACUCCAAAGUAAGUGAAUUAAUUGCUUUAAUCAAAGAAUCCAACAAUAUCGACCCUCACAGAAUUAGACUUACUCAUUAUGAUACAACUACUCAAAAGAAUAAGCCAUUGGAUGUAUCUAAGACAUUUGCUCAAAAUGGUAUUGCUUCUGAAUUGAAAACUCUUGAAUUAUCAAUUAAAGAUUUGGGUCCUCAAUUAUCAUGGAGAACUGUCUUUAAACUCGAAUAUUUGGGUCCAUUAUUGAUUCAUCCUUUAAUCUAUUGGUAUUAUAAUGAUGGUACUUAUACUGAGACUCAAACUUUUGCUUUCUAUUUUGUUAUUGGACAUUUCCUCAAACGUGAAUAUGAAUCAUUCUUUGUUCAUAAAUUCUCCAAUGAUACUAUGCCACUUUUCAACUUAUUUAAGAAUUCUUCUCAUUAUUGGUUAUUAUCAGGUUUCAAUAUUUCCUACUUUAUUUAUGGUGCUACUGCACUUACUUCUGAAUCGACAUGGGGUAAAUACAUUUUUUAUGUUAAUGAUUUGCCAUCGUCAUUAAUAUACUUGAUUACUGCUGUGUUUGUAUUUGCUGAAGCCUCUAACUUCAAAACUCAUUCUAUCUUAGCAAACUUGAGAAAUGAAGAUAGUAAAAGAUAUGUCAUUCCUUAUGGAUACGGUUUUGAUCUUAUUUCUUGUCCUAACUAUACUUUUGAGUCAUUAUCUUGGUUAGCUUAUGCCAUUUUAGUUGGUAAUUGGAGUGCUUGGUUAUUCUUAGCUAUCUCUUCCGGUCAAAUGUUCUUAUGGGCAGUUAAGAAGCAUAAGAGAUAUUUAAAGACUUUUGGUGAUGAAUAUAAGAAAUUGAAAAGAGCAAUUUAUAUUCCUUAUGUUAUUUAA